AUGGAUGGCUCGUGGAAAAUGUACCUUUAUGGCAUUGCGCCAUGCACGGGAGGCGUGGCAUUUGGCUAUGAUACCGGAUCUAUGAGUGGAAUUCUGACCAUGAAACAAUUCCUCACCUACAUGGACCAUCCCGGCAAUUUCCUUCAAGGUGGAAUCACUGCAUCGAUUCAGGCCGGUGCAUUUGCAGGGUCGUUGCUGACGGGGGCGCUGCUGGCUGAUCGCCUGGGCCGCCGCAAAACUAUCCUGCUUGGCUCCUUGAUCUUCACUAUAGGUGUGGCUAUCGCGACUGCAGCCAACAAUGUGACGGCGCUUGUUGCUGGACGCGUGAUUAAUGGCCUUGGCAAUGGUUGCUUAGCGAUGAUGGUUCCGUUGUACCAAAGCGAAAUUGCGCCUCCGAAAAUUCGCGGUCGAAUUGUCUCCAUGCAACAAUGCUGUAUCAAUUUUGGUAUUCUAAUCGCUUUCUGGAUUCAAUACGGCGCCAGCUAUCUUGAUGGCCCCGCAUCAUUCCGCCUGGCGAUGGGUCUCCAGAUGAUCCCCACAGUUACCCUUCACUUGACCAUGUAUUUUAUGCCGGAAUCGCCGCGUUGGCUUGCCCAGCGGGACGAAAACGAAAAAGCCUUGCAGGCAUUAGCGCGUUUGCACUCGAAUGGCGAUAUUAACGAUCCCUUCGUACAGGCGGAGCUGGCUGAAAUUGUGGCCAAGAUCAAGUGGGAGAGAGAAAAUCCGCCACCGGGUUAUCUCGAGAUGCUAUUCGGUCGGGAGCGUCGUCGGAUGUGGCUGGGACUCGGAGUGCAAUUCUGGCAACAAGUUACGGGUGUCAACGUGAUUAUGUACUAUGCAGUGUUCCUGUUUCAGCAAGCAGGUAUUAGCUCGAGCAAAGGCUCCCUUUUGGCAAAUGGCAUCCAAGGUGCCGUCUUGAACGUCUUCACUUGGCCCAACAUGUAUUACAUGGAUAAAUGGGGCCGUCGCACCCCCAUGAUCAUUGGUGGAGUCGGCAUGGCCAUUUCUAUGAUGUUGAUCGGCACAAUCAUGAAGACCAUGGGCAAUCCGGUUUAUAAUCCUCUUACGGAAAAGACAAAUUUUACCUUCGCCAGCCACGCGGCCUCAAAUGCUACCAUCGCCUUCGUCUAUAUUUAUGUCAUGACGUUUGCUCUGACCUGGGCCUGUGUUGCCUGGGUUUACCCCCCGGAGCUAUUUACCACUGGCUCGCGUAGUCGUGGAACAUCCAUGACCUCGGCUACAAACUGGUUUGUGAACUUCUGGUUCGCACUAUAUAUCCCCACGGCAAUGGAGAAGAUUUCGUGGAAAUUGUACAUGGUUUUCAUGACUCUGUGCUUCGCAAUGUCUAUUUGCGUCUUCUUCUUCUACCCAGAAACAGCAGGGAAGACACUGGAGGAAGUUGAUUUCCUCUUCGCAAAGAAUCGCACUAUCUGGGUGUUCCGCGACCGCCAGGCUCGUAAGGUCGGCGCCAUUUUUGAGCGCGACAUGGCUCACGGCGAGGCUCUCACGGAGUUUGACGGCAAGGGCACGGCUGCGAGCACCCACAUCAAAUUCACCAGGCAUAAUAAGGCCCGGGACGCCCCAGCUUUCCAUGCCGGAAUGCUGGCGGACAUACUCGCGGUACUGAGGCGCGCCGGGACGGACCACAUUAUCGGCCACUACCAAGGCCCCCGACUUGAGAAGGCCCAGUUGCUCACAGAGCUGCAGAUCCUGCUGGUAGAGAUCCUCAAGAUGAUCCAGGAACAUGAAAUCAAUGCUGUUUGCGGUCAACUUGCCUUCCUCCUUCAGUCUUUUCAGCGAAUCGGCCGCAGACCCCACAACCACCUUGACGACAUCGGCCAAUCCAGCCAAGUCGACCAAAUUCAUGGCAAUCGACGCGAUAAGGGGAUCAAACUCGAGGCUCAAGAGACGAACGGUCUGCUCGUUUCCAGCGGCCUUUCGCAUGGCAUCUCCAAAGGCGAUGGCAGAGUAGCCGACGUACCCUCCCAGCUCGACGAGGACCGCAGGCCUUUCUUUCAAAAUGAGCUGACGAACCUUCUCGCCCUUGUCACUUCCAAUGUUAAUUAG